UGGACACGCGUUGGACACUGGUCUGUCCAUUCUACGCAUACGUAUUAGCGUGUUGUUGUGAUGUUGAUGGCAUAACCCAAUUUGAAAUGCCACAGCUCGUGCUCCGCCCGUAUACAAAGAACCGUUCGUGCAACCCGCUCGAGCACGCCGAGGAGUGGCGCGUCAUGGUCGCGAACGGCGGCGGUAUCACGGACGACCGCUUCACGCAAGAGAUGCUGCAGCAGCGCCUCAUGGAGCUCAACACGCAAUUUGAAGCGUACUCAAAGCGCGUCUACAAACGCAUUUUUCUCUUGGUGCACUUGCCCAUGCUAUUGCUGCUCACGUGCCUCAUCGGGUCCGUCAUCGUGCUCAUCGCGCUCGGCAGCACGCAGUCGGCGCUCGACCGGCGCCUCUAUGGCAGCGUCUUUGGCCGCGUCUUUCCCUACAUUGCGAUUGCGGUCGUGCUCCUAGCUUGCCUCGUCGGUCUUGGCGCCAGGGCCGUCUUCCGCAACAUCCAAUCGGGCUUUGUCGAGACCGUCAACUACAUGAAUGUUCGCGACGAGGUGUACGAGGUGCGCUGGAGCUACGUCAUGGCGCAGACAACUUCGUACUUUUCGCGCGAAGCAAGCCAGUUUGGCGCGAUUUUGAUCACGCGUGGCCCGCCGCCGCCGCAGCCGCCCGUCCAAAUCGUCUACCGCUGCGUGUAUUAAUCGUGUAAUGUAUACUCUUCCUGCGUGGUCGCAACGGCGCAUGCAACGUCGUGAGAUCGACCGUGUGCAUCAAUGCCAUCGAUGCACCCAACAUGGUGCCCAAGACGGAACCUG